CAUCUCUUAAAACAACCAUUAAACCUGAUGAACAAAAUAGUGACAAUAAUAAUUACAAAGAACUUGAGCUUGAUGAAAAUGAAGAUAAUUAUCAAAGCGGUCAAGAUGAUGAUAACUACAAUACUGAAUUUAGAGAUCCUGAAGAUGCUA